AACGCCGUACACGAGUUCACACCUAGGUCAAUUACUGGCAACUGAUUUGUUUGUACGUGUUGCUUUUUCAUUAUUUGACAGUAAUCGAAACGAAACACACAAUGUUCAGACAAUUUACAAAAGCACUAAAUGUGCAGGUAAACGGAGGAUUUCAGGGCCAACAAUGGCGAGUGCUAGACAUGGGAAUGAUACCAUGUCUUUUGCGAGGAAUGAACACUACAGCUGUAAACAUUCAGGUUAAAGAGAUGAAAACAAAUGGGUCAAAAUCAGCGUUUCUAGAACAUGAAUUCACCGAAAAGACGUACGAGGUUCGUAAGGACACACCUAACACAUUGAGCUUCCAAGUGAGAAAGAUGAGCACGGCAAACAAGGUGCACUUGAACCUGGAGGAUUUGCCAACAGAGCUUCACGGGCCGUUUGUUCAACACAUAAUUGCUGAUUUUGUUAAAUUGCAUAAAGCAGGUGUACAGAAAUUUCAGUUAAACAACGUCACUGAAGAUGCUUUUCGGAACGUACUGAACAUGCCAAUACGAAAGUUGGGAUACACGUCUAAAUUUACUAGAUGCAACAAGGACCGUGGUCUUGCAUACUUUGAAAGGUUGGCGGUUAUGGAUCAAUGUCCUAACUGUGAUAAGGGUGGAGAUAAAAAUUUACUAAAGUGAUUUGAUUUCAAAUGCGAUGAUAAUUGUUUGUGUUAGUGUGUUUAUCAGUUGUUGAUUAGUUGAUCAGUUGUUAUAUGAUAUUGUGACAAAUACACGUAAUCCAAUAUAAAAAAGGACUUAUAGACUUUGAGAAAUUUGCGGACAGUUUGAUUGUCCAAAAUGCGUCAAGCAAAGUUAUUUAUAGUAACGCAAUACAUUAAGCGAUUUUUAAACAUUAACAUUAUUUUGUGAUUAAAUUAUUAUUAGAAGUUUUAUUUUUCGCUUGCAUGAUGUUGUUGUAUUUUUUUCAUUUUUGGAAGAGCAAAAUGCAGUCUUGCGUUUUAUUACUGGAAUGUCAUGUACCAUAAUCAUUGUUGAUUAAAAACCGAUAAAAGAUCAGUAACAGUG